AUGACCCAUAUACCCACUGUUACCAUAGACAUACAGGGGAAUACCAAUGGAGGUGGACAAGGAGCUGGAUCUAUUACAUACUAUGGAGGAUCUCCCAACCAAGUUAAGCUUACUAAGAUUGAGGAUCCUGCUAGCUCUGGCUUCGUGAAGCUCACACAUGGACCACCCAGUGAAAACUCUUUCACCGUAGCACAAGUUAUGUUUGGAGGUACUCAAGUUUCAGAUAUAGGAGCUAGCACUGGUGAUAUUAUUCAGCAUCUUGAAGUUUGGUACUGGUAUGGUGAUCAAGAUUUGGAGCAACCUCUUUUAGCAGAGGUUCUCAAGGAAAAUAAAUAUACUUACACGUCUAACAAGGGAGGUGGUACUAAAAGGGCCGAUUAUUACAAACACACAAUUUCUAGUAAUUAUAAACUUGCAAAGAUUAAGUACGAUAUUACCGGUGGUCGUGGAAUUAGGAAGCGUAUAAAGUCCUCUGAGCUAGCCUUUCCCGUCACAGGUUCUGUUAGCGUCUAUGUAUUAUACUGUGGAAAUAAUCCAGCUCUUAUUUAUGUUAAAGGAACUGGGCAAAGCAAAUGGUACAAGAAACCUAAUGAUAGUAGCACUACUGCUAGUGGAGAUGAACGGUGGGAGGAAGUUCCUGGUCUAUCUAGCAUAAUACUAAGUGAUCUUAACAAUACUACUAUAGAAUGUAACCAAUGGACUGCUCUCAGAGAGGUACUAAAUAAAUUGCCUAGAUGUAAUAUCACUGGAACAUGUAAAGAGCCUCCUAAACCUACUCCACCCUCACAUCCAGUACUAGGUGCUGCUGGUCCUCUUGGACCCAGAGGACCUGAUGGAGGUGCUGGCAGUGAUGUUGGUGAACCUGGUGAAGAUGAUGCUGCUGAUGGUAGAGAUGGUGAAGCUAUAGUAGACUCUAAAGUUGAAGGCCCUGGUGAUAGUAAUCAUGUUGAUGAAGCUGGUGGAGCUGAAGGACCUAAUGUUAGUGGUCCUGAAUCUGCUGAAUCCUCACCUCCACAAGAUGCUGUUCCUGGUCCUGCUAGUCUAUCUAGUAGUGUAGCUACUUCUGCUCAAGCUGCUAAAUUUGGUGCUGGAGGUCUGGCUACUGGUCUAGUUAUGUCUUGGGGAUCAAUCUCUGGUAUAUCAUCUGGUACUCUUGCCGGAUCCGCUGCAACAUUUUUUGGAGGAUGGAAACUUUAUAAUCGCUAUAAAGGAGACCCUUGGGUUAGACAAGUGUAUAUCCUAUAG